AUAAUCACAGAGAAUGUCGAUGUUUUUGCCUUAUUUUUUUAUUUGCCGCGUAUGCAACGCCGUGAUACAAUGGCGCCUUCCGUUAUAAGCACGUAUUUUUUGUCGACCGUAUUCAUUAAAAUAUAAAGAUCUGUCGAAAGAUCGGCUUUCUUCGACAGGUUUUAGACGUCUAAAAAUGACAUAGUAACAUCGGAACUGUAAGGUAUUUGUGGAGAGGAUCGCUGAAUGUACUAGUACACGUUACACCGAGGAAGAGGAAAACGCUCGCAAUAAAAUGUCAAAGCGAGCUGCGGAAGGCGGGGAUUCGGGUUCCCAACCGCCUAUUAAAAAAGUUCAAUUCGAGCCGAUUUUUAUCGGUUCUAUUUCAACCCUUGAAGAAAUGGACAUGAAAGUUUUACAAUUUCAAAAUAAAAAAUUGGCCCAGAGAUUGGAGCAACGUCACAGAGUAGAAGCUGAAUUAAGGCAACGAAUUGAACAGUUGGAAAAGCGGCAAAUGCAAGAUGAUGCAGUGCUUAAUGUUGUCAAUCGUUACUGGAAUCAACUGAAUGAAGAUAUACGUGUAUUACUUCAAAGAUUUGAUGCUGAAACAGCUGAUGAAUCUGAAAAUAAAAAUGAAAGUGAAGCUACAACAUCAUUUCUUAUGCAGCUUUCUUCAUGGGACAAAGAGGAGUUAGAUGAUAAGUUAGCAAAUCGUGUUCAAGUCUCCAAGCGUGCAGUUUCUAAAGUUGUACAAGCAUUUGACCGUCUUUCUCAGAGAAACGAAAAGAUUACUCUUGCACUUAAAGGAGAAUUCGAUGGAGAAGAAGCACCCAAUAUUGACGAAGUUGUUCGUAGAGCAAAUGCUGAAAUACAAAUGGAAAAUAGGAAUCUUCAAGCAAUAAAUAUACAGCUUCAUGAAAAAUACCACACUAUCUCAUUAAAGAUGUCAGAGCUACAGGAUACUAUUACAGGAAAAGAUACACUUGCUGCGGAGCUACGUAAUCAAGUGGACGAUCUUCAAUAUGAAUUAAAUAAAGUGAGAGCACGUAAUGAUAAAUUAGAACAUCAUCUUGGAGAAGCAAUUGAAAAACUAAAAGCGUUUCAACAAAUACAUGGUACAGAUGAAAAAGGAAGUAAUAAACCAAAUACUCUAGUUGCUUCAAGUGUGUCACAAACAAAGCUUGAAGAUUUACAAAGGGAAUUGGAAGAAACCAGAGAGUUAGCUAAUAACAGACUACAAGAACUAGAUAAACUGCAUCAACAGCAUCGCGAUGCAUUGAAAGAAGUAGAAAAAUUAAAAAUGGAUAUACGACAACUUCCAGAAUCGGUAAUCGUUGAGACGACUGAAUACAAAUGUUUACAAUCACAAUUUUCUGUAUUAUACAAUGAAUCGAUGCAAUUGAAAACCCAAUUAGACGAUGCUCGUCAGCAAUUACAAUCCAGUAAAAAUGCUCAUUUACGACAUAUUGAAAUGAUGGAGAGCGAAGAAUUGAUGGCACAGAAGAAACUACGCGGAGAAUGUAUACAACUGGAAGACGUUUUGGCUCAAUUACGAAAGGAGUAUGAAAUGUUAAGAAUUGAAUUUGAACAAAAUUUAGCGGCAAACGAACAAACAGGGCCGAUAAAUCGAGAAAUGAGACAUUUGAUUACAUCUUUGCAGAAUCAUAAUCAACAACUUAAAGGCGAAGUCCAUCGUUAUAAACGAAAAUACAAAGAAGCUUCAUCAGAAAUACCGAAAUUGAAGAAAGAAAUUGAAGAAUUGACAACAAAAUUAGGCCAACAAACGUCUCAGGAAAAUAAAGAAGGCAAUAAUUCAGAUGGCAGCGGAAAAGAGGAAGACGCAUCGAAUUCUCUUCCAGGUUCUACACAGAUUAAGGAAGAGAGCGGAGUCUCAAUGAAAAGAGAAUCUGGAGAAGAAGAAGUAGAAACUAUUGAAGUCGGAGAAGGAGAAGGAAAUAAAGGAACUCCAGAUUCUUUGACAUUAACAUCGCCAACUUUAAAAAAAGAAAAAGAUAAUAAACGUGAAAAAGAUACAAAGAAGGAAACUAUUAAAACUGAACAUCGCGAUCCUACACAUCGUGCCAAAGACACGAAAGUAGCGGAAUCAGAACUUGUUAGAGAUCUGAAAGCACAACUUAAAAAGGCUGUGAAUGAAAUGAAAGAAAUGAAAUUAUUAUUAGACAUGUACAAAGGUGUUGGAAAAGAACAAAGAGAUAAAGUGCAACUAAUGGCAGCUGAAAGAAAAACGAGAGCAGAAUUAGAUGAAUUACGUCAACAAAUAAAGAAAAUUCAGGAAAGCAAGAGAGAAGAGCGCAAAAAAUUGGCAGAUGAAGAUGCACAAAUAAAGAUUAAAAAAUUAGAAGAACAAGCAUAUACUCUUCAGCGUCAAGUUGCUUCUCAAAAGCAGAAUUGUAUGUGGUUUCAGGAAGAGGAGGCUCUUUUGAAUGAAAUGGAGGUAACCGGCCAAGCUUUUGAAGAUAUGCAAGAACAAAAUUCUAGAUUAAUUCAACAAUUACGUGAAAAAGAUGAUGCGAAUUUUAAACUUAUGACAGAAAGAAUUAAAAGUAAUCAAUUGCAUAAAUUAGCUAGAGAGGAGAAAGACGUUUUAAAAGAGCAAGUUUCUACCUUAACAACGCAAGUCGAAGCUGCCAAUGUCGUUGUUCGUAAAUUAGAAGAGAAAGAACGUCUUUUGCAAAAUUCCCUUGCUACUGUCGAAAAAGAACUGGCUUUGAGACAACAGGCAAUGGAAAUGCAUAAAAGGAAAGCUAUUGAAAGUGCUCAGUCUGCAGCUGAUUUAAAACUUCAUCUUGAAAAAUACCAUUCUCAAAUGAAAGAAGCACAACAAGUUGUAGCUGAGAAAACUAGUUCUUUGGAGGCAGAAGCAUACAAAACAAAAAGAUUGCAGGAAGAAAUAGCUCAAUUGAGACGUAAAGUUGAAAGAAUGAAGAAAAUAGAACUUGCUGAAACAUUGGAUGAAGUAAUGGCAGAGGAACUUCGAGAAUAUAAAGAAACACUUACAUGUCCUUCUUGUAAAGUUAAACGCAAAGAUGCGGUUCUAACAAAAUGUUUUCAUGUAUUUUGCUGGGAUUGCUUACGUACACGAUAUGAGACUAGGCAACGAAAAUGUCCAAAAUGUAAUUGUGCUUUUGGAGCUAAUGAUUAUCAUCGUUUAUACCUCUCUACAUGAAGAAGAAAAGUUUAAAUUAUUAAAAUUCAUGUCAUGUCUCU